GAACAACUCCAUGGGAUACAGGAUCUUCGAUUGCUAAAAAUCAAUCAAUUGUAAAUAAUGAUGACAUAACAUUGAAACGAAAUGAUGAUUUAGACUUAUUCACAUCACAUCAACUUGAUUCUACUAAUAAUUUAAUUUCAGUUAAUAAUUCUACUAGUGAUAAUAAUAAUAAUAAUAAUACCAAUAACAUUUUAAAUACUCCAUCAAAAAUGAAUACAUUAUCUUAUAUACCACCAGGAUUAAUAUCAAUUAUGAAUGAAUCGAAACAAUUGACAGUAUGUGCUAUUGGACACUUUUCAAUUGGUCAUACAUGGGGACCUUAUCUUAUUCAUAUUGGUUCAGAGUUUAGACAAAAACUUAUCGCUUUCUCAACAGAAUUUGAUCCUGAUUUUUCAAUUACAUUAACUGUAAAG